UUAUUUUAUUUUAUUUUAUUUUAUUUGUUUCCAUUUUUAGUUUGAUUAAUUUUGUAUUUAGAAACCAACUGCAUUUAUUUAAAUUCAAUCUCAGAGGAGGAGAAAAAGAGCUGAAAAGCUAUCUUCCCAAUGGCUUUGUUCAGUUCUCCAAAUCCCCAUUUCUUCAAGAUCAUUCUCCAUCAAAAUCUCAUCCAACAAAAGCUUGAUCUUCCAAACAAGUUCGUCAAGAACAAUGGCGCUUCUCUGUUAUUCAGCAAAGCAACUCUCUCCCUUCCCGACGGUGCAAACUGGACGGUCCAACUCAAGAACUUAGACGGCAAAAUCUGUUUCCUCAGAGGCUGGCCGGAGUUCGUAGAGUUUUAUUCUAUUCAACCUGGAUAUUUCCUUGUCUUCCAGUUGAGAAGAAUUUGCUGCUUCAAUGUCCUAAUUUUCGAUACAUCUGCUACCGAAAUUGAUUAUCCAACGCGCCCGCCGUCGGUUCUAAUUCCCAAAACCGAAAACGAAGAUGGAGAGGAAUCUGUCCGGACACUGAAUGGGGCGGUUUUGAAGAAGAGAAGCAGAGAGAAAGAGGAAAAAACCGUGGCGUAUUGUUCAUUCCGAGAGAUGAAGAAGAUGAUGAGGAAGAAUGUGAAGAUCAAGAUCGAAAAGCAUCGAGGAUUCACUACGUCUCAAGGAUUCAGCUAUGAAGAUGAAGAUGAAGAUGAAGAUCUGGAAACUAAUUACUCACGGAGACAGAGUACUUACAGAGGAUCAGGUUUGUUUCGCUUAAUUUCUCUAAAAUUUAACUUAAAUUUCACCUAUCAGUACCUAAAAUUGGAUGAAUACUUACCGAUUUCAGCUUAUAAUGAAGGAGACGACGGCCGAUUCAGUCCGGAAACGAUGAGACCGAUGAAUCCACGGAAGACGCCGCCGGUAUUGACGGAGAAUCAAUUGGUAGUUCUGAGGAGAGCGAGAUCGUUCAAAUGUAGGACGAACAAUCCUUCAUUCAUGGUGACGAUGAGACCUUCCUACAUUCAAACAGGGAAUUAUCUGAGCAUACCGAGGAUAUUUGCAGAGAGAUACAUAAAGGAAUCGAUGGAUGUGAAGCUGGAGAUCGGCGACGGGAGGAGUUGGAGAGUUUUAUGCGGCGUCCGGUGGGCGUUCACACGGCGGCGAACGGAACUGAAAGGCGGUUGGAAAAGAUUCGCCGUUGAUAAUGAGUUGGAAGAAGGGGAUAUUUGUGUGUUUGAAUUGAUAAACAAAACCACCAAAGUUCAUUUCCACGUCACCAUUUUCCGUCUUCCGAGUCCAGAGUAAAAUCAACACAAGAAUGUUUAAUGUUUAAUGUUAUGUGUUAUUAUUGCACUUUUAUAUUUUUUUAAGUGUUAUCUCAAAAA